UUGCUGCUCAACGACUCCGAUAUCUCGUAGUCUCAUGCAAUCGUCCAAAACUACCCUUACUAUUUCGUCCUUCUAUGGGUAGAAAAUGACAUUACAAGUUUUCACUAUUUCUGAAUUGACCCCAAAAUGUUUUGUCGUAUUUCAUAUUAGUUCUUUUCAGAUACCGUUUUUAUAGUUUGAAACAGAGAGGUAAAUUCUGCUCAGAACCGUUAAAUUUCCCGCGUUUUUUCCAUCUUCUUCUUCUUCAUGCGUAAUCUGUUCCUCCAUAUCCACGGAUUAUUUCCCAAAAUACCCUUCAAUCUCAGCCCCUCGUCUUCCUUCUCAGUCUACGCUUCUUGUUCUUAUUCUUCUGCAAAUGUUCACGAGUUCUCGUCACUCUUUCAACAAUUUGCACAAAAGCUUAUCUGGGUCAAAUCCAUUCAUGCCCAGAUCAUCAUUAAUUCUAUAUCUAAUGACCAAAUUCUGGGUACAAAACUCGUUAAAGCGUACUCGGAUUUGGGAAGUUUGGAUACUGCCCGCCAAGUGUUCGAUCAAUUUCCUCAACCAGAAACCAUUCUAUGCAAUGCCAUGGUUUAUGGGUAUUUGAGAAAAGAGAGGUACAGUGAGAGCCUUGAGUUGUUUAAUUUGAUGGGUUCUUAUCAUUUGGAGAUUGAUAGUUACACGUGUAAUUAUGCGCUGAAGGCAUGCAUGGGCUUAUUGGAUUACAGAAGGGGGAUGGAAGUUAUUAAGAGAGCUGUGGAUAAAGGAAUUGAAAGUGAUCGAUUUUUGGGGAGUUCGAUGAUUCAUUUCUUGGUGAAGUUUGAUAAGGUUGAUUGUGCGCAAAGGUUUUUCGAUAGGAUGCCAGAAAGAGAUGUUGUUUGUUGGAAUUCCAUGAUUGGUGGCUAUGUGCAACCUGGUCAGUUUAGUAAGGCAGUUGAUAUGUUUGUAGAAAUGUGUAGUUGUGGGGUUAAGCCGAGUCUGGUUACUAUGCUAAGCUUGAUUCAAGUUUGCAUUAAAAGUGGGAAUUUCAAGCUUGCAAAAUGUGUUCAUGGAUGCAUAAUUAGACUAGGAAUGGGUAAUGAGGUUUUACUACGUACCUCGCUAGUGGAUAUGUAUAAUAAUAUGGGUGACAUGCGAAGUUCCUUUUCUGUUUUUGAGACCAUGCCCAUCAGAAGUUUGAUUUCGUGGAAUGUCAUGAUAUCGGGGUGCAUUCAAAAUGGUCUGGUACACGAGUCUUUUGGUUUCUUCCACAGAUUGGUCACAGAUGGUGGUAGGUUUGAUUCGGGAACCAUGGUGAGUCUUGUUCAGGGAUGUUCUCAAACAGCUGAUUUGGAAACUGGGAAAAUCCUACAUUGUUGUGUUUUUAGAAUGGGUUUUGAUCCAAAUCCUAUUUUGUCUACUGCCAUUGUUGAUUUGUACUCUAAAUGUGGUGCAAUAAAGCUAGCAACAUUUGUCUUUGAUAGAAUGAAAGAGAAGAACGUGAUUACAUGGACGGCCAUGCUGGUAGGAUUGACGCAAAAUGGGCAUGCAGAAGAAGCCUUGAAACUGUUUAGUCAGAUGCAAGAAGAGGGAAUUGCUGCUAAUUUGGUAACUCUUGUUAGUUUAGUCCAUUCCUGUUCACAUUUGGGCUCUCUGAAGAAAGGCAGGAGUGUUCAUGCUCAUUUGAUCCGGAAUGGGCAUGAAGUUGAUGUAGUUACCAUGACAGCCUUGAUUGAUAUGUAUGCAAAGUGUGGAAAAAUAAAGUACGCUGAGAGAACAUUUGAAAAUGGCGCCUUUUGUAGAGAUGUUAUCCUAUGGAAUUCUAUGAUAACUAGCUACGGUAUUCACGGAUAUGGACUGCAAGCUCUUGGUAUCUAUAGAAGAAUGAAGGAGGAGGGGUAUAAGCCAAAUGAAACCUCCCUUCUUUCUCUUCUAACUGCUUGUAGUCACUCCGGACUUGUGGAAGAGGGUAUCAAACUAUUCCACAGCAUGGAGAGAGAUCGUGGCAUUAGGCUGACUGAAAAACACUACGCUAGUUUUGUGGAUCUUUUAUGCCGAGCAGGCAGACUUGAAGAAGCUGAGGCAUUGAUUAAGCAAAUAUCUUUUGAACCAGGAAGUUCGGUUCUUGAAGCAUUGCUUAAUGGAUGUCAGGCUCACAAGAACAUUGAUAUCGGCAUAAAGACAGCUGACAGAUUGCUUUGUAUAGAUUCCAUGAAUCCUUCAAUUUAUGUUGUGAUAUCAAACAUUUAUGCUCAAGCACGGAGAUGGGAUGCUGUAAAUUAUAUCCGGAGCCUCAUGAGGACAAGGGGACUCAGAAAAAUACCGGGUUAUAGCUUGAUUGAAGUCGGAAACCAGGUUCAUACAUUUUUCGCCGGAGACAACUCCCAUCCGAAUUGGGCAGAGAUAUAUCAGCAUUUAGAGGAUAUAAGAGCAGCAGUGGAGGCUUCUGGUUAUGUCCCGGAUACAAGUUGUGUUCUUCGUGACGUGGAUGAGCCAAUGAAGGUCAGGUUGCUAUGGGGACAUAGUGAGAGAUUAGCCAUUGCAUUCGGACUUUUAAACACGCCGGCAGGAAGCUUGAUUAGGAUCACCAAGAAUCUGCGUGUGUGUGUUGACUGUCACAAUGUGACUAAAUAUAUAUCCAAGAUAGUGAGGAGGGAACUUAUUGUGAGAGAUGCCAAUCGUUUCCAUCACUUUGUCGAUGGGAAAUGUUCUUGCAAUGAUUACUGGUGAUGGGGGUCGUCUUCUCGUAAAGGACUUAUAUUAAACGGCAACGCCAAGGUAACGGUGUUUCACACUAAUCAUGUGAUGCCAUGUAUGAAAUUAAUCUACCUGGCUACAUAGGAGUUUUGCUUUGAUACAAGCAUACCAUUUCUUUUUUGGGGAUUACGCGUUUGAGAACUUACAUUUACACAUUUUCCAAAUCUAGAUUGCAAGGCUCGACAUAUCAUGACAUGCAUUAUGUCGAUAUUUUACGAGGCUUGACAUGCCCACUCCUGGUAUAUUAUCAACUUAUAAAUAUCUAACAGCCUAAUAAUA